UCUCUCUCUCUCUCUCUCUCUCUCCUCUCACACACACACACGCACACGCACAGAGACAAGCUCAGAAGCUCACACACCAAAGCCCACUAGAGAAAAUGAGUAAUAACAACAAAUUAACAUGCGCGAAAUUGACAUUAUUCACAGUCUCAGCUGUGAUUAUUCAAAUUAUCGGCCUUUCCCUUUUCAUCGUCGGCUUCUUCCCCGUUAAGCCCACUCUUUCCGGCAUGAGUGGUUUGGAGAGUUUUUCUCCACCGGGGUUUGAUCCGGCUCAAAAUAUCUCAACCUUGCCUCCUGAAAAGCUCAAAUCUGUAUACCAGGAACUAUCUGGCGUUCCUCCGUUAUUCGAUAGAUUGAUAUUAAUGGUUAUUGAUGGUUUGCCGGCUGAAUUUGUGCUCGGAAGAAAUGAGAAGCCUCCACCGAAGGUUUUUAUGGAAGCUAUGCCUUAUACACAGUCAUUAUUGGGUAGUGGAAUAGCAAUUGGUUAUCAUGCUAAGGCUGCACCGCCAACCGUUACAAUGCCUCGCUUGAAGGCUAUGGUUUCGGGUGCUAUAGGAGGGUUCUUGGAUGUUGCUUCUAAUUUCAACACACAAGCAUUUUUGGAUGAUAACAUUAUUGCUCAGCUCCGCAGAAUAGGCUGGAAAAUGGUGAUGCUUGGUGAUGAAACGUGGCUUAAGCUUUUCCCGAACAUGUUUGACAGGCACGAUGGAGUUAGCAGUUUUUUCGUUAAAGACACCAUUCAAGUAGAUUACAAUGUUUCUCGACAUUUGGAUAAGGAGCUUGGCAGUACUGACUGGGAUCUUCUGAUUCUUCAUUAUCUUGGAUUGGAUCAUGUUGGGCAUAUUGGCGGGCGUAAUAGUAUUCUGAUGGCACCCAAACUCGAGGAGAUGGACGAAGUGAUUAAAAAAAUUCACUCAAGUAUUAUACAAACUCACAAAGUUGACGAAGGAGGGACACUUUUGAUGAUAGUGAGCGAUCAUGGCAUGACUGAGAGUGGCAAUCAUGGGGGUUCUUCGUUUGAAGAAACAGAUUCUUUGGCUCUUUUUGCAAGCGCACAGAAAUUCCGUGAUGUCGAAAACAGAAAAGAAGCUUACCAGGUCGACAUUGCUUCAACAGUGGCGCUUCUCUUUGGUGUGCCAAUCCCAGUAAACAAUGUUGGCACUGUGAUGUCACAAGUUUUCACGUUUCUCGAAGAUGAACAACAGCUGAGGUUACUUGAGUUAAACUCAUGGCAAUUGCUAAGGCUAAUUCAGACCCACUUCUCUGAGUUUCGAUGUGCAAGAUUCUCAUGUGACUCUUCAAAUGAUAAAACUGACGGUGCAGAAAGUUUUUGUUGCUCAUAUUUAGCUGCUGCUUCACUUCAUCGAUCAUGGGCAUCCAAAAAUUCCUCAAGAUCUGUUGAUGAAGAUGGCUACAUGAGCGUAGUUUUGGCAUACCGUGAUUUUCUUGGAACUGCAAGCGAGUGGUUAUCUAGCAGAUCAACAGAUAAACCUAUUCGUCUACUCGCAUUGGGAAUAUUUGCAAUGGCACUAUCUUGUUUGGUACUGACGAGUCUCCUUUUCCUCCUUGACCAAAAAGUCAACUCCAAGUGGCAUUUGGACGAGAGUUUUAUUGUGGCCGUAAUAUUUAUCCUCGUUUUAAGUAUGGGUUCGAGUUCUAUGAUCGAGGAAGAACAAUACAUAUGGCAUUUUAUGACAUCUUCGUUGUAUUUUCUUCUACUCAGAAGAACAAUACAGUCAAUAAUCACAAAUGGCAAACAGAGUAGAGGAAGCUCCGAUAGAAUAUAUUCUAUAAUUGCAGUUCUAAUUUGUGGAAGAAUUCUCAGAGGCUGGCAUCAAGGUGGUGUAAACUGGACUUAUCUUACCGACAUUUCGAAACUACUCGAGAAAAAAGGGACUGUAUAUAUAAACUCCCUUCAUCUGCUAUCAGUGAUCUUUAUUAUCGUAUGUUUAGCUUUUAUUUUGUUAGCAAAGCUGCCGAAAAGACGUUUUUCAGUCGUGUUAUUAUUAUUACUGGUUUAUUUAUUUCCCGUGUUGAUGAUUUUGACGCAAAUUUCGACAAAUCAAGAUGAUACUAGAUUGAUACAAAUGAUAUACGCACUUAUUGGGAUAUCUACUGUGGGGAUUCUUGUUGCUCUGCCAUGGUUGAUGCCUCUCUUGGAUCCCGUUUCGAAAGAAUAUUCCUUUGGAGAUGCUGUAUAUGUGAUUGGGUGGUGUUACGUGUCUUCUUGGAGUCUACUACAGAUGCUGCUACAACAGCCCGUAAAUUCAAUGCCCACAGCUUUGCUCCUCGUGCAAGUAUUGGCUACCAUACGCUAUUUCUCUCAGGGAGGUGUACACAUCAAGCAAUGGGUUAAGGUUGCUUCACUAUAUUAUGUGGGAAUGGCGGGCCACUUUGGUCUUGGUAAUACCAACACUCUUGCUACAAUUGAUGUUGCCGGCGCUUUCAUUGGAAUUUCCAGCCACUCGACUAUUAUCUCCGGUAUAUUGAUGUUCAUCAUCACAUAUGCGUCCCCUAUGUUAGCUCUUCUUAGCAUGCUGAUGGAUUUUGAUGUUAGAGCAUUUGCGAAUUCCGACGAAAAUGUUGAUUUAGGACAUAUUCUUAAGAUGACACUCGGCUAUCCUUGUCUUGUUCCACUUGUGUUGAACUCCAUUCUUCUCGUUGCGUAUACAAUCGUUUUGCUACUGAUGAGGAACCAUUUAUUCGUUUGGAGCGUCUUUUCCCCAAAGUAUAUGUAUGUUUGUGCUACAACGGUUUGCGUCUACAUUGGUGUAUCGAUUGUGGCUUUGAGUGUAACUUACACGUGCGUGGUAUUUGCUACACGGAGAAAGCUCAAGUGCUCUACGAGUGGAUAAUUGAUAGGGCCUGCGUAUCGAUGCUCGGCUGCUGGAGUUUUGAUCUCUCUAGUGCCACCUUUUUCUUUUCUUUUUUUCUUUUUUUUUUUCUUUUUUUUUUUUUUGAGGAAAAAAGUAGAUUUUGUUUGUUGAGCUGUAUUGGAUUUUGGAUAUAUUUGUAGAUAGUUUAGCAUAUGUAGGGCUGUUUCUAUGCAACUUUUGAGAAGCUUGUGAUUGGUUAUUGAGUAUUAUGAAACUAUGCA